AAUGUAUAUUUACCUAUAUAAACCACUUCAAACUCAGCACAAGACACAAAUCAGAAGUCUAACUUCGAAGCUAACACAACCAAAUCUAUCAAAAUGAUGAAAUUCUUUGCCGUUGUCCUGUGCGCCCUGUUCGCCGCCGCCGCUGCCAAUCCUGGUCUGCUGGCCUACAACGCCCCCCUGGCCUACUCCACCCCCCUGGCUUACAGCUCCCUGCCCGCUGCCGCACCCCUCGCCUACACCGCCGCCUACACCUCUGCCUACGCCCCCUACGUGGCCCCCUAUGCCAGCAGCUACAGUGCCCACAGUGUGGCCCACAGCGCAGCCCUGCCGGCCGUUUAUGCCGCCGCCCCUGUGGCCACCAUCCUCAAGAAGUAAGAUGUCCCAGGAUGGCCAAGGGAUCCUGCAAGGCUGCCGCACUUGUCCACCGGACGUCGUCACUGCCACGGCGAAAGAUACAGAUACAAACAGAGAUGGAGAUACAUGCUCGCAGCAAACAGAAAUUAAAACGCAAUGCAUCAGGCCCACGCACUGACCGACUGAGAACUGAA